AUGGCAAUUCUUGUUGGAAUAAUAAUAUUCAAAAAUUUUCUGUCCGUGGAUGUCUCUUCGGAAGCUAGCAGUCUUCCUGGUGAAUGGGAAUUAUGGAAAAAUGAUUUGGAGUCGUUCUUCCUUGCUCAAAAUGUCGAAACACAGCGCGAUAAGCGUGCGCAAUUAGCGUAUCUUGGUGGGCCAGGACUUCAGGAAUUGUUACGCCAUUUGCCCGGGGUUAAUCAAGUCCCACAUGUAUCGAAUGAUCCACCAUAUUACGACGUUGCGAUUAAAAGCCUGGAUGAUUAUUUUGAACCGUUCCGUCGCAAGACGUAUGAGCGGCACAUCUUUCAUCAGAUUGUACAAAACCCUGAAGAAAGAUUUACGGAUUUCGUUAUGCGUUUGCGAAAGCAAAUUUCGAGGUGCAAUUACAAUGCGUGCGUUGUGGACGAACUAAUUGAUGAUCGCAUCACGCAAGGAUGCAAGUCGCAGGAACUUCGGACGAAACUUCUUCAGAGAGAUCGAUCGCUUGAGGAGAUCGUUGCGUUAGGAACCAGUAUGGCUAAAUCGUGGGAUCAGUCAAAGAAGCUGGUAAAACCCAAUACACAAACAAGACCUGAAUUCGAAGUUCAUUCUGUAGCAAAACCGCCUUUCCGUUCGUUUACUCAUCGAAGAGCAACCAACUCACCUGGUUUUCAAUAUCGGAAGCAGUCUGAUCGCCAACAGAACAAUUUCAAUUGCUACGGUUGCGGUCGGCGAGGUCAUGUUCAAGGAAGCAUUGAGUUUCCGGCAAAGCAGACUAAAUGUGCGGCAUGUGGCAAACUCGGUCACUGGGCAAAGAGAUGCUAUGCUGCAAGGCAAGGGUUUAAGCGCCGUGCCAAUGACAAUUCCUCAGAACCACAAGCCAAACGUAUUCGCGCGGUCCAGGAGGAGAUUGAAGACGGUCAAUCGAAAGAUUUUGUGUUUUAUGCGAUGGGUCGAAACGUUUUCAACUUUAAGGUAGAUGGAGUGGAUAUCCCCAUGACGAUCGAUUCCGGCGCAGAUGCUAACAUUAUCACAAGAAGUGUUUGGGAGCAAAUGAAGGAAGCGGGAGUGAAUGUUAGCGAUGCUACUACCACAGACAAACAGACGUAA